AGCAUCAUGACCCCAAAUUCUGGGCGACAUGGUCUCAUUGGGACAAAUGGGGUGCUAGGAUUCCCAUUUCAUUUCUCUUCUAUGACAAUAUUGGCUCUCAGGUCAAAGCUCCAGAAAAAGAAGGCACCAUUUUCUUACAGAUCAACAUUUCUUAUUGGGUGCAUCAUUUUCUGGUCGAAGCACUGGUACUGACGGUCAGAGGGAUGCUCUUGGAAAAGUUUCCACAAGUUUUUAUUUUACAGCCUCAUUUAUAGUACUGAAAUGUAUCAACACAAGUUCUUGGCCACGUGAGUUUCAACCUUCAACCUUCAAUUUUAAUUGAAAAUUGUAAUUUCAAGGUUUUACAAAUGGUUCUCAAAGAUUAUGGUCGGAAUAUAUAUCAUAUCUAUCCACUGGAAAAAAUAGAGGGAAAGGAAAGAGGUUUAAUACAAUUUCACAGAUGAAGUUGCAAGGUGAUAAAAUUAGAAGAAAGGGGAUCUCUCUUUAGCUAUUGAGGUGAAGUGGAGUGAAGUUUCAACUCCCUAAAGAUACACUUGAUAUUGUGUUGAUGUCAAUGACUUACAUUAACUUUCCUUUUGAUUUGUUUCUUCCAAAAAGAAAUCUUUUUGGUCGUAGACAUGCUUUUUGGAUAGAUUUUAUGUAUAAUGAUAGUGAUGAUAAAAUUUAGUUCUUGUUUGUUAUGUUUAGUGUAUCUUUGUAGUUUAACAUAUUUGCAUAAAGAAACAUGUCAUGGUAUUUGAUUUAAAGGAAUGAUGUUAGUGGGGAUAUUCUUUAUUUUUGUGUACAGAUUAAGGUAUAUGCCAUUCCCAACCAAAGAAGAAGAAGAUGCAGUAGUCAUCUUAUUGGUUUGGAUUGGAUUGUUUCUGUCUGAGUUUUGGUUCACUCUUUAUUGGCUUGUCACACUUGUGGUUCGAUGGAAUCCCGUAUAUCGUCACACUUUCAAAGACAGGCUAAUUCACAAGUAUGGGGAGAAGGAUUUGCCGGGGGUGGACAUAUUUGUGUGCACAGCUGACCCAAAAGCAGAGCCACCGUUGAUGGUGGUGAACACGGUGUUGUCAGUGAUGGCUUAUGACUACCCUCCACACAAGCUUAGCGUGUACCUUUCUGACGAUGGUGCUUCGGAGUUGACAUUUUAUGCUCUGUUAGAGGCCUCUGAAUUCUCAAAGAAAUGGCUUCCUUUCUGUAACAAGUUCAAAAUAGAACCCAGAUCUCUUGAGGCUUAUUUGACCAACAAUGAAGCUUCUCAACCACUCGAUGAUCAUCAUGGUCAAUGGACCUCCAUCAAGAGAUUAUAUGAAGACAUGAAGACAAGAAUUAAAAGUGCUACAAAAGUUGGCAAAAUUUCAGAAAUGUUACGAAGAACACACAAGGGGUUUCUUGAGUGGGACUCGGUUUCAAGGCAUUACCAUUUACCUGUAUUAUUAUCGAUGGAACAUGGAAGAGAUCCCAAGGCUGUGGACAUUGAUGGGCAUGCUUUGCCAACUUUGGUAUAUUUGGCACGUGAAAAGAGACCCCAAUACCACCACAACUUCAAAGUAGGGGCGAUGAACUCACUGAUAAGAGUAUCGGCCCAAAUCAGCAAUGCUCUGAUAAUUCUCAACGUGGACUGUGACAUGUAUUCGAACUACUUAGAAUCAGUGAGAGAUGCAAUGUACUUCUUUUUGGAUAAAGAAAAGGGUCAUGAGAUUGCAUAUGUUCAGUUUCCACAAGCAUUUGAGAAUCUCACAGAGAAUGAUAUUUACAGCAGUUCCUUGAGACUUACAAUGGAGGUAAAUUUGCCCAUAGCCAGAGAUUUUUGAGCACCAUUUUCUUUAAUUUGAUUUGAUAAGACCAAACCAAUGCAUGUAUAUGAUGAUCCCAAGGUUGAUCUUCGAGGAUUUGACUCUAAUGGAGGGCCUUGCUAUAUUGGCAUCGGGUGCUUUCAUAGAAGGGAAUCUCUGUCUGGUAAGAAAUACAAUGAGGCAAGUAAUAAAGUAUACUCGAAUGGAAAAGAAAGAAUGAAGAUAAGGGAAUUAGUGCAGAAGAUAAGCAUUUUACUAUGAGUUCAAAGUACAAUCAAUACACCAUUCAAGCAGCUGAACCAAUGGAAGAGUAGGGAGAAGUUUCACUAUACUCUUUUUAGUUUUUCAAAUAAUAUUCCAUAUAUUAAGACUUUUUUAAUAAUUUUUUCUUCUAUUUUAAGAUCGAACAUUUUCUUUAAUUUUAGUUACAUAAUGUUUGUUUUAAAUUUUGCAAAACUUAUAUCUUGUUCCUCUAAAUUCUCUAUAAGUAAAUAAUAAGUAUUAUUUUGUUAUGA